AAAGUUUUGCAGUGGCGUGUCACACUCUGUGCUACAUUUAUUACAAAUAUGGCUACGUAGCAGAAAAAAAUGCAUGCAAAAACACUUGUCGCAAUAUUUAUAACUUUUGAUAAAUCAGCAAACAGUCAUAGAACUCGAUAUUGGUGUGGUAGGAAUUAUCGAAACGUAUGAUUGGGCAUCGACGUAAUUUUUAAUAGUACAAAUAUGGAGCAAAGUACGGUUCUCUGGAUGCUCGCACUGGUAAUGUUAUUCGGUUCAUAUUUGGCCGGAUCUUUACCUCUAGUUGUCAACUUAUCUGAGGAUAAAUUACAGCUUGUCUCAGUUUUGGGAGCAGGCCUACUUGUCGGAACAGCUUUAGCUGUUAUUAUUCCAGAAGGUGUGCGAGCUUUAUUCAAUGCUGGAGGUAACGAAGCCCAUCAGCAUGGCAGCGGUGACCUCCACAGCCUCAUAGGUAUAACACUGGUACUAGGUUUUAUAUUCAUGCUAUUAGUGGAUCAGUGUUCAACCAGAAAUAAUGGAGAAGGUGGUAAACCUACAGAAAAAAGCCUUACGGCUACAUUAGGCCUAGUAGUUCAUUCCGCAGCCGAUGGUGUUGCAUUAGGAGCUGCUGCUACCACGUCACAAGCUGAUGUCGAGAUGAUCGUCUUUCUAGCUAUUAUGUUGCACAAGGCACCAGCAGCUUUCGGACUUGUGUCUUUUCUAUUACAUGAAGGCGUGGAUAGGAAAAGGAUACGAAAGCAUCUGCUAGUAUUUUCUUUGGCAGCUCCUUGUCUUGCUCUAAUUACCUUCUUUGGCAUUGGAAAGGAGGGCAAAGAAACCUUAAGCAGUGUUAACGCGACAGGCUUAGCAAUGUUGUUCAGUGCAGGGACAUUCCUUUAUGUAGCUACUGUUCACGUUUUGCCAGAAUUAAUGGUGAGAGGAAGUUCUACCCAUUCGCAUUUACCAACUACAGAGGGUGGAUCAGUCCCAGUGGGAGGACUCAAAUCCAAAGAAUUAUUGGCUCUAGUAGUUGGCUCAUUAUUACCAGCUUUGAUUACAACCGGACACCAUCACUGACCAUAAAUUGACAAUCUUAUUGGCAUGAUUCCAUUUAAUUUUUGUUUCUUAAAAUUAUUUGUAUCAUAUUACAAAAAUGAUAUAUUAUCUUUAAUCCACACGACUGUUCGGAUAUUUGUUUACUACUUAUUGUUGCAAUGUGUAAAUUAAUACAUUACCGUACUGUAAUUUAUUACAUCCAGUAUCGUGCAGAAUCAUCGAAAUUCCAUACACACAUCAUAAUUCACGCACAUUGCUCAAUUUUUUAUUCUAUAUUUUAAGAACCAUCAAAGUUUAAGUAGCGUACGUCGUUCAAAUUUUUACUUCGAUUAUCAACAUAGGUAUACUUUAUGAAAAACAGAGCGGUAUUCAUAAUGAAGCAUACAUAUUCUAAUUUGUAUGUUUGGUUGUAUGGUUCGAUUUUACUUUCUUACUUAUAGGUAGACUUCCUGAGAUGAGCUAUUAUUUUUCUCAAGUAGUUUAGCGCAGGAACCAAUAGGUGUUGGUUAUUCAGGUUAUUCAGGUUAUUGGUGUAAUCAGGGUUAUUUAUUACUUUACAAUGUAAUGUCUGUACAAAUGUACAAACUCUUCAUCUUAUUUGGAUAUAUUUUUUUUAAUGCGUUUUAAUUCAUUUAGUUUUUCCGUGGUAGAUAUAAUCUCUGUACGAAUAUUACCGCACUUACUACUCAACUGCGCAGUUGCCUGAAAGCGUUUUUGUGCAUUGCGUAGAUUUUGUGGAACAAGAACUCCGAACCACUUAAUUGGAUCUGGAAUUUCUUUACCUUCAUCAUUAUGUUUCCUAUUAAUUACAUCAAACUGUGGAAUGCUUUCCUCAUCCAGUUCUGUUUGAACCUUGAACAGUGAUUCAAACUGGCCUGCUUCAGUAGGUACUUGCAACAUUCCAAUAUUUUCCAUACCUCGAAUAUAUCGGGAUUUUGCUAAUUCAAUGUGACCAUCUCUUAAUAUCUCUUCCAUCUGCAGCGUCACAGACACUUUUUCUUCCAUCAACUCUAAGCUUCGCAGCGUGAAUUUGUCCAAAGCUGCGCAUACUUCGUCUACACUUCCAUGCAUAUUUUUUCACCUUUUAAUAAGAAAAAAAGGGAACAUUACAGUGUCUAUUUGCAUAGCUCCAUGUUUCAAGAAAUUCUACACAGACCACUCAAUGUUGACCACACAAUAAACUUCAACAUAAAUUCUCAUUUUCAUUCAUAAAAUAAUCUAAGUUUUCCAAGUAGUGACGUGAAAUUUGUAUGUGACGAUACUCGUGUAAUUCACUUUGGGUGGUGUAUGUUGCAUUUUUCGAGACAUGGAAGAGUAUAUAUAGGUGGGGUGAGAAUAUGAUUCAAUGAGCAACGAAGUUUCAAUUAAAAUACUAGAAUUUGUGAAUUAAUUUUUUUUGCAAUAUCCCCAAAAUAUUCAAGGUUUUGUAUAGUUAAUAUUAGCUGCUAUUCGCAAAACAAAAAAUCUUGUAUUCACGACGUAUGUACAUUUUAGUAAGAAAGAAGAAUAUAUUGCAAGUUGUCUUAAAUCGGUAGUGAAAAUUCACUGAAUUUUUUCUUCUACUGUAGCGCGUAUCAUCCAUAAGCUGCCGUGGUAGUAAAGUGUGCUGAGAGAUAUAGCACAUAGUACAUAGUUGUAUCAUGAGUGGCAUAGGUAAAUAUUGAGAUACCUGUUUGAGUUAUACACAUACCUAGGUAUUCCCUGAGCGAUGUAAUAGAGAUAGAGAUACCCAUUUGAGCUAUUUCUUUUGACUCGGCUAGUGUGCACCCCAGGUUUAUUAUACCUAUUAGUUUAGUGUAAUAGUGAAGUUCAAUGGGAGCAUUAGAUCUCAAGUCCUACUAACGCAUGUUUUCUAACCUCAUUUAACCUAAGAUAAUUUGAUCAUAAAAUAGCAUAAAUGACACAAAUAAGUAAACGAGUGAAACCUGAAAGCGGAAUAAAAUAAAAGCUAUCUAAUAAUUAUUGAAUACCAGAAAUUGUGACGAUCAGGGACAGACGGGCUCGUUACGAUUGUUCCAAAUUUUGCGAACUCGGCAUUAAGUUUGAUGAAGGGCAUGGGUGAAAGCAGGUGAUAGCUCAGUGUUGACAGUUUUCGUACACUGAUAUGUAUGCAUAUCAGAUUUCUUGGCCAUACUGAUCUCUAGUGGCGACACACCUACCUAGUCAUACCAACCAUGAUAAUGUGGUCAUUCAAAGACCGAUUCUUGAUCUCUGUACCACUCGUAGUACGCUGUACUCUCUCUCGGCGCGUGACUGCUGCAGAAGCUUAUGGGUGUGUGAAGUGCUUGCGGCGCGCAAUCAAAGAUUUUCUAAAUACGACAUUGAAAAAUAAAUGCAUUUUUAUCAACCAAGGGUUUGCUCUUAUCAGUUGGAUAUCACUUCUGGAUCAACUUAAAAUAAAAUACCUGUAAAUUAUUAACUCAACUGCCGCUGAUCUUGCAUUAUUUUCUUUUCAAAUUGGAGCGAUUCUCGGAUGUUGACAAUGAGCCUUGAAAAACAGUUGUCGAAAUUUUUCGAGGAGUAAUCAUAACAAAAAAAGCACAGCCAUAUUAAGUCUGAAAUAAGUUAGAGCGGUAUUUGUUUAUUCACUCAAUAGCAUUUACAUUAUGAAAAUUAUUACCGAAUAACAAACACUAUAAACUCUUUACUUUAUACAUUGUCUUAAAACUACUAUGCGCACAUACUAUUUAAGCCAUAUUCAGAAAUAAUAAUAGUAAAUCAGAGAAUAUAGGGCGUAUUCAUAUAUUUUUUAUAGUAUGUUCUGGCAGUGCCAACAGCUAUUUUAUAUUCCGCUUAUUCCAGUGAGUUGUUGAUGAGAUGUUUUACUUCCAGUACAUUUUUAGUACUGACGAUGCAUUGCAUUAUAUCCCAUAAAUUAAUUAUGGCAUAUUAAACAUACGGUGUUGGUAAAACCAAGAGUUACUACAUUACCAUAUACGCGGUUGAAUAUUAUUGACACUCUGAUUCAAUUUUGAAUAUGACUGAUUUGUAAUAAAAAUAAAAUCAAACACAGUUCCUCGCUCUUGCAUCAAACAUGUGUCUUACACUUCUCCAUUAAGCAGUUU